UCACUAUGGCGUCAAUCAGGACAGAGUUAAUGGAGCUCCGUUUUGGCCCCCCCUCAGUUCUUCUGGAAUCAACCUGAAAGCUACUCCUUGUUCUACCGAGCGUUACACUUAUAAAUUCGAGGGCCAGCCGUCCGCGUUAACUGUAUUCCAACCCGAAGUAAUCAAACGCAGUAACAGAAACCAGCCUGCGCCCCAGCUAUCCCGUAUCCUGAGACCACGACGUUUUGUUUGUCGCAAAUGUAAAAAGGCCUACCAUGUUGAAGAAGGAAAUGGCGUUGAAAUGUCCUCUGCUGCACUAUCCCUCCAAAUUGAACGACACAAUCAAGAUGGCUUGGUAGCCACACCUCCUAUCAUACCCAAAUUAAAUGAUGACUAUGGCCUUAGUGGGCGCGAGUCAGAAGCAGACAGCAAUUCAGACGAUGCAGUUGUUGUUCGUCGAAAAAAGGUUACAGAAAGAACAACGACCAAUGACGAGACCUCAGUCACAACUGUCAAACCUGUCAUCCCCGCUAAACGCAAAGCAGAAUCGGCUAGUAAGCCUAGUCGUGCAAAGAAAGUCAAACGAGCUACACCCGAUCCGCUUGGUUCCCUUGCAGUUUCUGUGGCAGAAACAAACUGUUCGGAAAAUUCGUCAAUUGGAUCGGUCACAUCGGUCAAGAUAUCAAUCAAUCCUGAUGUUCCAGAAGCUCAAGUUACGUCAGAGGAUGUUUCGCCCACCACAGAUUUAAAACCACAGCUCACAACACAAUGCAUGGAAAGUUCACAGGUUUCUCAAAAACACGAUGACCCUGUAGUCAGAAAAAACCGAAUAAAAGCGCAGUAUGUUUCAGUGGCAACUCCUUUCCGAUUUCCACCCAGUCGGUCUUCCAAACCAAACUUGUUCGCUAACAAUCCUUUUGGAUUCGGGUCCAGGGAAAAAUCAACAACACCAAAACGCGUUCGAACUACCGAUUCCAGUCCGAAAAAAGGAAAGUCAGAUACUGAAGUGCGGUCACCCAACUCACCGCGUAAAACAGCGAUGGUUAAUGAUGCGUCCGGGGUGAAGAAACAGCCUUCAGACAAUAAUCCGGUACGCUCGAGAACACGAGGGCGCUCCACUCAAUUGACAGCGCUUAACUCGAAUUCUGAAUCUUGCGCAUCAACAACUAAGUGUUCCGUUUUAUCAAAUUCUUGUCCACCUCUCGAUUCUCUCGAAAACACGGCACCGCUUAAUGUUGACGAAGCCCCCGGUAGUGACGCAAAUGUGUGUGCUACAGAAAUAGUCAAAUGCGAUCCUACAGGUGACAGUUCCGCAGGAUCAGUCCCGUGUUCGCAAGCUAAGACUAUACCUCCCAUCAACCAGGUGUCCCAGGCCACUGACCAUGCUUCUACACAACUACCGAAUUUGACUGAUGGUACCAACGGUCGAAGCAAGUCUAUGGAUUAUGAAAAGCCGAAAAAUCGUUGGAUUCGAGAAGCUCGAGCUCGUAGAUCUCAGGAAGAACGUGGACUUGGGUUGAUGGUUAACAACCCUAACACCACCGCCCUCUCACUUCCCGCGUCUUCCGCUACUGAAAUCCUAGGAUCAUCGUCCACCGGUAUGUCAUCGCCGACACUUUCUCGGCUUCGUGUGAGAUCCGGUGACGGCAGUCUCACCAGUCCAUCCGUUUCAGCUAACGUCUCGCCCAAAACCCCGUCCAGCGCAAAGAAGAAGGGCGGCGGCAAUUUAACUGCUGUUCCGGAGGGUGGUGUCGCAUCACCUGAUGACGAAAUGGCAAAAUCUAUCGUCAGUUCAUCUGCAUGUUCACCUCGAGGAGCACCUCUGAGUUCCGAUAACUCAAAUGCAAGUCUCCCUGUACUUAAAAUUAAAAUCAAUCGGCAACGUCAACCCUCCUGUUCCUCGUCUACCAGUGCGCAAUACGAAGUGGUUGAAUUGCAGGUUCCAGACCUGGAAGGACUACCUGCUGCUAAAUCUCACGUACAAGACCCAAUAGGGUCUACCGCAUCCAGUGCCGCCACUGAUGUCAGUUCGGAAAAUAUUGAAUCAAAAGUCAGUACAUUCUGUAAUGGUGGUCCCCCUCUCACUGGGGGCGCUUCACCCACGUUUUCUACCAGUUCCUCCCGAAAGUGCUUCGGUUCCACCGAAGCUCCUGGCUUGGGGCGCUUGGUUAAGCGAUGCCAGUUACCCGAUGGUGUUGUGUUUCGCGUUGGUGAUCUCGUAUGGAGUAAACUUUCAGGUUGGCCUUAUUGGCCUGCGCAGAUAACCAGCAUUCAUCAGUCUGUUGACGGUGGUGAGCAAGAAUUAGGCUCCGAUAUAUGCGCACAACAAGCAGAUACGAAGUCCAUGUCCUUUACUGCCUGCUUGCAUUGGUUCGCUUGGCAUCAGGUGUCUUACAUGGCAUGCGAUAAGUUGUAUCACUUCAUGCAGCAUUACAAACGAUUUGAUAAUAAGAAAAAGCGUGGUGUGUUUCGUCAAGCGGUAAAUGAAGCACGUCAAGCUGCCGACAAUAAACAGGAUACAACUUCCAGUCUUAGUGAUUCGGAAUCCAGUGAAGAUGGUGAUACUGCUCGUAUUGUUUCCAACGACCCAAUUGUUGGUAUUCAUUUGUCACCUUGCGCACCUAAUCCUACAAGUGACCUGAGCGGUUUUGCACAGGAAGAAAGGGCCGAUGUUUCCGUUCCAUCGAAUGUUGACCAUGUCCCUGAACAAAAAACAAUACCAGCAACAGUUGCCGACCUCAGUCAAGUAGUUGUUUCUUCAGUUCAGACUUCCGCUACCCCUGUAAAGCGAAAUCUAUCCUCCGGUCCAGGACGACGCGGCGGAUCACGUGGUCGAUCUCGCAGCCUUAGAGGUAGACGCGGCGGUCUGGCCGGUUCAUGUGAUCGUGCUCACUCAAGUACACGCAGUAUGCCCUCAUUUCUUUCCCCGUCAGAGAAUAAUGUGAAAACACCAUAUGAUCAGUUUGAUGAAAUGGACGCUAUCCAAGCCCCGUUGCCUUUUCGUCGUAAAAAUGCACGCGGUCGCGGUACAUAUACCAAAACGACAGGCAAUAAUCCCUCAGUGUUCGGCUUAUCCGGUAAGGACGUUACUUUGGGUGUUGCACCAGCACCACCCACAUCGACAGGUUCCUUGAAGAUUAAGUUAUCCACAGCUCAUUUACGACUGCCUGUCGUCAAGAAACGUCAAUCCACGAAACCAAAAGUUUCUAAGAAGCGAGUAAAAGCGAAGCCGGAGGACGGAAGUAUAGUUCCUAUGGUAGAAUCUGCCAUAAGUGACUCGGCAGUGGUCGCUGGUGCUCUAAACAAGUCAUCCAUUCCACCGAAUUCAGAUAACUCUGGUCCGAAUCCCGGUGACUUGUCUGCAACAUUCGUUCCUAACUAUGACGAUCCCUCUGAAGCAAUCCUAUCGCAGUUCCCACAUGUUUUUCCUGAUCUCCGCCCCGGGAUCCUUUCUGAUGCUGUCGAAAUCCCCACCUUUUCUGAGGAUGAAUCUGAAGAAGAGAACACUGGGCGCCUUAUUAUUGACCCCGAGGUAAUGGCUGCAGUCAAUGUUUCCAACGCCUUACCUACCGUAGCCAAUCAGUCUGUAGUGUCUCGUGGCAAAUCGAAUAACGUUAUGCUCGAUGAAACCCUAUACAAUACAUCCUAUUUUCACUCUAUACAGCAAUCAGCUACAUCGGCACGGCCGGAAUUAGAUCCGUUAUACGCAAGUGGUGUUUCCAAUCUUAUUGAUCCCCACGGGUCUCGGCCACCUGAAACUGUGUUCGGCGACAAGCCUUCUCUCCCGUCUUCCGUUACAGCACCCGCUCAUCCUGCACCU